UAUGACUGAAAAUGAUCUUUAGUUUGGUGGGUGGGGGACAUCCCCUUCCAGGUUUGAAAAUGAAGGAGAUUGAGGUGAGGUUUGCAAAGUGGUGAAAAAGAAAAAGAAAACUUUUAGCAAAGGUUAUAAUGCUAGCCACAACAUGCACUCGUGCUCUCAUUCUAAGAAUUGUGUUAAUCUCUCCAAACUAGAUUAGUUGUUUCAAUGUUCAUUAAAGUUAGGACUUAUGAGUUCUGAGUGUGUUAGCACGGCCAUCUAUAUCAAUUUAUCAAUGUCAAAAUCGGUGAUACUGGUUGGAGGAGGCCAGAACGAUAAAAAUACAGAUUAUGGCCAAGCUCCACAAUCAUUCUGCAAAAUUCACUUGUGUGUUACGAGCAAUAGUCAAUGCAAAAUUUACAACUUCCACGAUACCAAAAUUAGAAGAAACAGCUCUGGCUUUAGAUUCAAAUACCAUUGCUGGAAACCACAACGCCUAUGAAUCUCUGUUAGAUGCCUACAGCGCCUCCAAGGCUUUGACACCAGGCAAGCAAGUCCAUGCUCACAUUAUACUCACUGGACUAAACCAAGACAGUUUUUUGAAGUCUAAGCUUCUCAAUUUCUAUGUUAUGUGUGAGAACUUGAAGGAUGCACGCCAACUGUUUGACACAAUACCCAAGCAAAUUACCCAUGCCUUCUUGUGGAAUGUUAUGAUUAAGGGGUAUGCUAGCGGUGGGUUCUCUGAGAAAGCUAUUGGUAUGUAUUACCAAAUGUAUUUGGUGGGUAUUGAACCGGAUAAUUUCACCUUUCCCUUUGUUCUCAAAGCUUGUACAGAUAUUUCUGCUCUUCAAGAGGGUAUGGAAAUUCAGGGUUAUAUAAUUAAGGGAGGAUUUGAGUCUGAUGUUUAUGUAGGGAAUGGGUUUAUUGCGUUGUAUAUGAAAUGCGGUUGCACAGAGGAUGCACGACAGGUGUUUGACAAAAUGGCUGCAAGAGACGUGGUGUCGUGGAAUUCAAUGAUUGCAGGUUAUGCACAGAAUAGGUGUUGUUAUGAAGCCCUCGAAUUGUUUAAUCAAAUGGAAAGUGCUGGCGUGAUACCCAAUCAUGUGACCUUGGUGAGUGUUCUUCCGGUAUGUGCUGAUUUAGAAGCUCUGCAAGAGGGCAAGAAUAUCCAUGACUCUAUAUGUAGAUUUGGGUUUGAUUCUCAUGUUACAGUCGGAAAUGCCCUUAUAGAUAUGUAUGCAAAAUGUGGGGUUUUAGAGGCUGCAUGCCAAGUGUUUGACAACAUGUCUGAAAGAAAUGUCAUUUCAUGGAAUGCAAUUAUUGCAGGUUUUGCCCGGGCAGGUUACAGUGAUAAGUCUUUGGACAAGUUUUGUCAUAUGCAGAAAGCAGGUGUUGAGCCUGAUGCAAUCUCUGUUGCUAAUGUUCUCCCAUCAUGUACCCUUUUAGGAGCUCUGCGGCAGGUCUCCUGGAGUGUCAUGAUUGCAGGGUAUGCUCAGAAUUGUCUAGAUCAGGAAGCAUUAAACUUUUUCCGGCAAAUGCAAAUAAUAGGUUCCAAAAUGGCUUCAACCACUAUCACAAACUUUCUCCCAGUAUGUGCCCGCCUUGCUUCUCUGUAUUUGUGUAGGGAGAUUCAUGGUUACAUAAUAAGAAAUGGAUUUGAUUCAGAUACCUUUGUAAACAAUGGCCUUAUAGACAUGUAUGCAAAGUGCAGAAGCCUAGAGUUGGCCUACAAAGUUUUUGAUAUAAUGUCACCAAAAGAUAUAAUCUCAUUCAAUUCAAUGAUUGCAGGUUAUGCUCAAAGUUCUCACCACACUAGGGCUCUUGAACUCUUUCGUCAAAUGGAACAGUCAGGUAUGAAACCUGACUCAGUAACUAUUCUGAGUAUCCUUAUGGCAUGUGCCCAUUUAUCAACACCGCGACAGGGAAAAGAGAUCCACAAUUACAUAAUUAGAAAUGCAUAUGAGUUGCAUGUGUUUGUGUCAAAUUCCUUAAUAGACAUGUAUGCCAAAUGUGGAAAUAUAGAAACUGCAAAGCUGUUGUUUGAUAGAAUGCCUCAAAGAGAUGUGGCCUCGUGGAAUACCAUGAUUUCUGCAUAUGGCAUCCAGGGUCGCAGUAAAGAUGCUCUUCAACUUUUCCAUCAAAUGGAGCAUGCAGGUUUGAAACCCAAUCACAUCACCUUCGUUGCAGUUCUGUUUGCCUGCAGCCAUGCAGGCUUAGUUGAUGAUGGCUGGCGAUAUUUCGAUUGCAUGUGUCAAAAUUGUAUCCCUCCACAAAGAGAACACUAUGCAUGCAUGGUUGAUCUUCUAGGCCGUGCUGGACAGCUCAAUGAAGCACUGGACAUCAUUAAUAAGAUGCCUUUUGAACCUGACGCCAAUAUGUGGGGAGCACUGCUUGCUGCCUGUAGAAUCCACAGUAAUAUAGAGCUAGGAGAACGUGUGGCAGAUCAUCUUUUCGAGAUGGAUCCUGAAAAUACUGGAUACUAUGUACUGAUGUCGAACAUUUAUGCUGCAGCUGGAAGGUGGGGUGAUGUAACAAAAGUGAGAAAAUUGAUGGAAGAAAGGGGAUUGAAAAAGAAGCCAGGAUGGAGCUGGAUAGAGGUUGAUAGCAGGGUGCAUGCAUUCCUUAUCGGAGACACAUCACACCCACAAUCUGAAAAUAUCUAUGCAAUACUGAAGAGCUUGUCUCUGCGGAUGAAAGAGGUGGGGUAUGUUCCAGAUACAAGAUUUGUUUUACAUGACGUAGAGGAGUAUACUUAAAAUAUAUACAGCAGUCACAAUUGAACAUUUGGUUAAUCAUGCCUAGUAGGCAUGUGGAGGGAAACUUGCUAAAUUUCAUCAACAGUUGUUGCUGAGGAAAUUUAGAAAACUUUGGCAGCUGAAUGGUAUCCUGGGAUAUGGAUUCCUUUCAGCCCCUCUACGUUAUCAGGAGCUCCUGUCCUCAGUUUCAAUUCCAUUUGGUGGACAAUUAUCUGAAAAUUUAAACCAGAGAUAGGCUGCCUCCUGGCAAUACCUUAAGCAGGUGCUGCAAACUUUCAGCCCCUCUCCAGAAGCUGCUGAAAAUCUCCCUCUUAAAUGGCAGUAAUUCUGAUUUAUAAUUUAUGAAGAAUCAUUUUUCAUAAGGUGGUAACCUGCAACAUGAAAAUUCGAGCAGUAGCGCCCUCCAUGGGAUCUCACUCUUGGAUGAAUUCAUCGAGGACAAUGAUAGUGAGACAGUCGUUUAGUAAGAUGUCACUUCCACACUAUAUCACUUUAUGCGAGCAUCCAUUCUAAAGGAAAAUCCUUAGGAGUGGGCUAUUCCUACAUGCAGAGGGACUGACUAAAAGUCCUUAACACGUGCUGCUGAGAAAAUUUAGGAACCUUUUAUGGAUAAAUAGUUUCUUGAAUCUUUUAAUUAUUUUAUUUUUGAGAAAUUUAGAUGAAUUGAAAUUCUAGGUGAGAAUUAUAAGAAUUAAAUGCAAAUAGCUGAUCCAGAUUUUUAAAUAAAAUUAGUAGUCUGAAACAAGAUGUCAUGCAAGAUGCCUAAUAAACAAAGUUCUUGGUUGGAAUACUUGCAACCUAUCCUCCCAUGCAUAGGAGAAUUUAUGGGCUCAAAAGAUAUUCAUAUUAUAGAGGAAAAGAUUUAUUUUAUUAUUAUAUUUGUAUU